CAGCUGGCUAAUUACAGAGCUGGGAAUCAACCAGUCCUAGUAGACCCCCUCACCCAGGAGUCAGGCUGGUCCCAGACCAAAAACAUAACUCAAGACCCGACCGCACAUCACGUUAGUAGGGCUAUUCUAUUAGUGAAGAGUAAGUUUUCCAUGGGUAAGAGUACCAAAUGUCAUGGAACAUUUGACCUGCUGUCUGUAAAAGGAGUAAAGGCUCAGCAGCAGGAGAGAUUCCUGUUCAGUGACCUCUGUUAAGGAGUGAAGCUGAGCUGCUCCUUACCAUUUGGGAGGCUUUACUAUAGAAACAGCUUUGGGCUGUGUUCUUUAGGAGGUGGAAAUCAGCAGGUGCUCUCAGAUAGGAUCAUUUGACGCUCCUCUGGCUCUGGUGUAGAUGAGUGCUCUUGAGAUGAAGCCGCUUACCCUAGAGUUACUGCAAAACAAUAUUCCAGCGGGGUCUAAAUCUGAUAGCUUGUGGCUCUUUAAAAGGGAAGCUCUCCCUCCUCUGCUCUGGCUUGUCUGUUCCUAGUCCCCUCAUUUUGCCAGCUCUGGUGCUUGUUAAAUCCUUCGUGAGCCAGUUCAGCUCACAGAAAUGAAGCAGAGCCAGAGCUGGCACAAGGGGAGCGACAGAAGCAUGUGGGUAGGUACAAGGAUAGAAAGGGGAGAGGGCAGCAGGAGCUCCUCGCUUUUUUUGACGUGAGCUGUUAGAGCAGCUCACGUCAUCUCAUGGGUCUGUAGCUGCAAGGCACCGUGGGCUGGAUCCAGCUAAGCGCUUAAGUACACGCUUCACUUUAAGCAUGUGACUAGUAGCGCUGAAGCAGAUCCUUGCAUGACCGAAUGCAAGAGCAGUUGCAGUUGUCACCAAUAGUGGAGUUAAAUGUUGGUGGGGAGAUGUACACGACAACGCUGAGCACCUUAAAGAAACACCCCGGCUCCAAGCUGGCAGAGAUGUUCACCGGCCAGCCCAAACUGAGGACUGACUCAGAAGGGAGGUUCUUCAUUGACAGGCCGGGGACCUAUUUCAAAUAUAUCCUGGAGUAUCUGCGUAGUAACCAAGUGCCCACGCAGUGCAUCCAGGACGUGUACAAGGAGGCGUUGUUCUACGACAUUGAACCUCUCAUCAAGCAACUAGAAGACUCCCCUCAGAUCUUUGGGGAGCUAGUGGCAAGGAAGCAAUUUCUGGCCCGCGUGCCCAGUUACAGUGAGAACAUCGAGCUGAUGAUCCGCAUCGCGAGGGCAGAAGCGGUCGCUUCCCGCCGGUCCAGCGUCAUCGUGUGCGUUGUCAGAACUGAGGAGGAUGCUGCCAGAUGUCAGGAUGCCUUGAACAGCUUGGACAUGGACAAAAAAUCCGUGGUGAAAUUUGGCCCCUGGAAGGCAACGCCAAGUAUUUCUGAUCUGCUGGACUGCAUUCAAAUGGACGUCGAAUCCAAAGGGUACAACAUAUCCUUUCAGCCCCAUGUUGCAGAAAAAGGGUUUCGCUUCAAAUCCUAUGACUACUUCUACAAGUUCCUGUUCACCUGGUGGUAGCAAAGUGCCACCAUUGACGGAGAACGGAAAAAAGCAAUUAUUCAAACAAAUUGACUUGGAUUGUGGAGACCAAGCCACGGACUACCGGAAAGACAGGAAGAAACGGAUGAGCCAGUGAAAGGAUCUCCUUUGACAUUUCUUGCGAAAUUAAACAGCACUUACGAGCCACUGUUUUGUUAGGUAUUAGAGGAUAACUGUGCAUUUUAAAAGAUAAUGUGUUUAGAAAUGUGGUACGACCUUUUCCAAAACGCUUAUUCCCUUCAUGCCUUUCAGUCACUUUUACUGACUACACUGAGAAGUAACAGGCCUUGCAGAGGCAGUCCAGCCAGGAGGAAAAGGAUGAAUUUUAUUCUAUUUUAUAUGUUGCUGACUAUUGGAUAAGUUCAGAGGACCAGGCUCUGUGUUUCAUUCCUCAUUGUUUCUCAUAUAUUGCCAGGCAUGAUCUUUUCUGGUGGAAAAAAAGGUCUCCUGCAAUUCCCAGUGGCGUCAGUGAAAUUAAUUAAUUAAUUAAUUCAUGCCAACUUAAAUUUGGAUCUUCAACCAAAAGCCAAAAGCUCUGGUUCGCGUUCUUUCCCGUACCAGAUCCUAGGUAAAAAGGGAUUUUGGUGUCCCGUUCUCUCCUCUUGUUCCUCCAGCAGACAGCCUACUCUCUAGCCAAUGUAUUUAUUGCCGUUAUUUAUUAUUUAUUCUGAAGUGAAAACAGAGAAGCCCAGCUGCCGUGCAGGAUCAACACAAGGUAAAAGUACUGCUACUAAUCCAAGGAGUUUAUAAACUGAUGACACACGCUCCUCCCUCAUGCCACACUAUUCGCUCUUUCCCUUGUGACAGCUAUUAUUAUUCUUUCGUUUUUAUUUUAUUUUAUUUUUUUAGUAUAAGCUUCUGCGAGAAUAAGGACAACUCGCAGUGAUUUGACUGGAAGGGAGGACGGCUGAAGGAAAACCCUGAGGCCUCGGCGGCGACGUCGCCUUGCCGGACGCUGGAUCGGGUUCUACGUCGUGUUUUUGAAACUUUUAAUAUUCCAGUUUGUUUUUUGGGCUGGAGGUGGCUGUCAGCGUGUUUUCCAGUCGCUCUGGGGAUACCUGAAAACCGUUCCGGCUCGUCUGGAUUACGGCUGUGUUUCCUUUUCUUCUCAAAACGCGGAUUUCUUCCAGCUAAGGGCGCUAACCCCCGGGUUGCUAAAUAAACGUACC